UUUGUUUUUAUGUAUCGUGUGGCUAUUGUUUUCUCACCCUUUUUCCCUUUUAACGGUUUGGGGUCUGAAUUUUUCUUGGGAAGGAAUUACAGGAAUGCGUUAAAAAUUUUGAGAGAUGCGAGAGGUCCCAGUUGAAUGUGGGUAGCUGGGAACUGUGAACACUAGCGGUAGCAAAAAAGAGAGACAGAGAAGAGGGCCUGGAAUGAGGUGAUACCACGUGCAGGCUCCCAUUAAAGGACUUGCGAGUGAGCGACCCCACUUAGCCCAAACUCAAACCUACCUCCUCUCCUGCCAAUUGUUUUAAGCUUAAAGGGUUGGAUAGCAUGGUUGUGCAUGAUUCACACCGAUAAUAAAGAAGACCCAUUUGAUGGUUUCUUCUCUUUACAUUUCAGCAGUUUCUGAUUCAUCAUGAACAAAGGCUUUGUAACCAUACCGUGGACUGAAGUAUUUUGAUUCUCUCUUCUAAGAUUUUGGUUUAUCUUUCUUCACCAAGGGGGAUAGCCCUUUUUCAGUCGUUAAGUCAGCAUUUCGGUUGACUGUUUGGCUUCACUGCAGCAUGUCAGAAGCCCAGAGGAAAUCAAAUGUGGUCAAUUUCGGGCGUGGGAAUGGAUAUUUAAACGGGGCAAUACCCGUCAGAAACGCAACUGCAGUUUCUGAAGUUGAUGCGUUCUGCCAAUCCCUUGGUGGGAAGAAGCCAAUCCAUAGUAUUUUAAUUGCAAACAAUGGAAUGGCUGCUGUUAAGUUUAUACGUAGUAUUAGAACAUGGGCUUAUGAAACAUUUGGCACUGAAAAGGCAAUCUUGCUGGUGGCUAUGGCUACGCCAGAGGAUAUGCGGAUCAAUGCCGAGCAUAUCAGAAUUGCAGAUCAGUUUGUGGAGGUUCCUGGUGGGACCAACAAUAAUAACUAUGCAAACGUGCAGCUUAUUGUUGAGAUGGCAGAGAUAACUCAUGUUGAUGCAGUUUGGCCUGGUUGGGGCCAUGCAUCUGAGAACCCUGAGCUGCCAGAUGCACUGAGUGCAAAAGGAAUCAUAUUUCUUGGGCCUCCAUCAAUAUCUAUGGCGGCAUUGGGUGAUAAAAUUGGUUCAUCAUUAAUUGCACAGGCUGCAGAAGUACCCACCCUUCCAUGGAGUGGUUCUCACGUGAAAAUUCCUCCUGAUAGCUGCUUAGUUACCAUCCCAGAUGAGGUGUACAGGGAAGCAUGUGUUUACACAACAGAAGAGGCCAUUGCAAGUUGUCAAGUUGUAGGUUACCCAGCCAUGAUAAAGGCAUCGUGGGGUGGAGGCGGUAAAGGCAUUAGAAAGGUUCAUAAUGAUGACGAGGUGAGAGCGUUGUUCAAACAAGUGCAAGGUGAGGUUCCAGGAUCACCCAUAUUUAUAAUGAAGGUUGCAUCACAGAGCCGGCACCUAGAAGUUCAGUUAUUAUGCGAUCAAUAUGGAAAUGUUGCCGCUUUGCACAGUCGUGAUUGCAGUGUUCAGAGACGGCACCAAAAGAUUAUUGAGGAGGGUCCAAUUACAGUUGCGCCUCUGCAGACAGUGAAAAAGCUAGAACAGGCAGCUAGAAGAUUGGCUAAAUGUGUGAACUACGUUGGAGCAGCAACUGUUGAGUAUCUAUACAGUAUGGAAACUGGAGAGUACUAUUUCUUAGAGCUCAAUCCUCGGUUACAGGUUGAGCACCCAGUGACUGAGUGGAUAGCUGAAAUAAACCUUCCAGCAGCCCAAGUUUCUGUGGGGAUGGGAAUUCCUCUAUGGCAAAUUCCUGAGAUCAGACGUUUUUAUGGGGUAGAGCAUGGUGGAGGAUAUGACGCUUGGCGGAAAACUUCUGUUGCCGCAACUCCAUUUGAUUUUGACCAGGCAGAAUCCACUAGACCAAAAGGCCAUUGUGUAGCCGUGCGAGUAACAAGUGAGGACCCCGAUGAUGGUUUUAAGCCUACAAGUGGAAAAGUACAGGAGUUGAAUUUCAAAAGUAAGCCAAACGUAUGGGCAUACUUCUCUGUCAAGUCUGGAGGAGGCAUUCAUGAAUUUUCAGAUUCUCAGUUUGGUCAUGUUUUUGCAUUUGGAGAGUCCCGACCUCUAGCAAUUGCAAACAUGGUUCUUGGGCUGAAGGAAAUACAAAUUCGAGGAGAAAUUCGAACCAAUGUUGAUUACACAAUAGAUCUUUUAAAUGCUCUCGAUUACAGAGAAAACAAAAUUCAUACAGGCUGGUUGGACAGUAGAAUUGCUAUGCGAGUUAGAGCAGAGAGGCCUCCAUGGUACAUUUCUGUUGUUGGAGGGGCUCUAUUUAAAGCAUCCACCAGCAGCGCAGCCAUGGUUUCUGAUUACAUUGGCUAUCUUGAGAAAGGGCAAAUCCCUCCCAAGCACAUUUCUCUUGUCCACUCUCAAGUAUCACUAAAUAUUGAAGGAAGCAAAUACACGAUUGACAUGGUAAGGGGCGGAUCUGGAAGUUAUAGGCUGAGAACGAAUGAAUCAGAGAUUGAAGCGGAGAUUCAUACCUUACGUGAUGGGGGUUUAUUGAUGCAGUUGGAUGGAAAUAGUCAUGUAAUAUAUGCUGAAGAAGAAGCAGCUGGAACUCGACUUCUUAUUGAUGGGAGAACAUGCUUGCUUCAGAAUGAUCAUGAUCCAUCUAAAUUAGUUGCAGAGACGCCAUGCAAACUGCUGAGGUAUCUAGUUUCAGAUGGCAGUCAUAUCGAUGCUGAUGCACCAUAUGCCGAAGUUGAGGUCAUGAAGAUGUGCAUGCCUCUUCUUUCACCUGCUUCUGGAGUUAUCCAUUUUGAAAUGUCUGAAGGUCAAGCAAUGCAGGCUGGUGAACUCAUAGCGAAGCUAGAUCUAGAUGAUCCGUCGGCUGUAAGGAAAGCAGAGCCGUUCCAUGGGAGAUUCCCUGUCUUGGGCCCCCCAACUGCAAUUUCUGGUAAAGUUCAUCAGAGAUGUGCUGCAAGCUUAAAUGCGGCUCGGAUGAUUUUGGCAGGAUAUGAGCAUAACAUUGAGGAGGUGGUGCAAAGCUUACUUAAUUGCCUUGAUAGUCCUGAAUUACCAUUCCUACAAUGGCAAGAAUGCAUGUCAGUUCUUGCAACACGCCUUCCCAAAGAACUAAAAUUUGAGCUGGAGUCCAAAUAUAGGGAGUUUGAGGGGAUUUCAAGCUCCCAGAAUGUCGAUUUUCCUGCCAAAUUAUUACGUUCAAUUCUUGAAGCUCAUUUAUCCUCCUGUCCAGAGAAAGAGAAGGGGGCUCAAGAAAGGCUUCUUGAACCAUUGGUGAGUCUUGUGAAGUCUUAUGAUGGUGGAAGAGAGAGUCAUGCUCGUGUUAUUGUUCAGUCCCUUUUUGAAGAGUAUCUGUCAGUUGAAGAACUGUUCAGUGACAACAUUCAGGCUGAUGUGAUUGAAAGACUUCGACUUCAAUAUAAGAAAGAUCUGCUAAAGGUCGUAGACAUUGUCCUUUCUCAUCAGGGAAUCAGGAGCAAAAAUAAGCUUAUAUUGCGACUCAUGGAACAACUCGUCUAUCCUAAUCCUGCAGCUUACCGAGAUAAAUUAAUACGAUUCUCUGCACUGAACCAUACAAAUUAUUCCGAGUUGGCGCUGAAGGCAAGUCAGCUAUUGGAACAAACUAAGCUGAGUGAACUUCGUUCCAAUAUUGCUAGAAGCCUUUCUGAAUUAGAGAUGUUUACUGAGGAUGGAGAAAAUAUGGAUACUCCAAAGAGGAAAAGUGCCAUUGAUGAGCGUAUGGAAGCUCUUGUAAGUGUUCCUUUGGCUGUUGAGGAUGCUCUUGUAGGUCUCUUUGAUCACAGUGAUCACACCCUUCAAAGGCGAGUGGUGGAGACUUAUGUCCGCAGACUAUACCAGCCCUACCUCGUCAAGGGGAGUGUGAGGAUGCAGUGGCAUAGAUCUGGUCUUAUGGGGUCAUGGGAGUUUCUGGAAGAGCAUAUUGAGAGGAAAAGUGGGAUUGAAGAUCAGGAGUCUUGCCAAUCAGUUGAGAAACACAGUGAGAGGAAAUGGGGAGCUAUGAUCAUAUUAAAGUCUCUACAGUUAUUGCCUACAACUCUUAGUGCUGUACUAAAAGAAACUACUCAUAACAUUAAUGAAGCAACCACAGACAAGUCUCUUGAACCAGCCAACUUUGGUAAUAUGAUACACAUUGCAUUGGUGGGCAUCAACAACCAGAUGAGCUUACUUCAGGAUAGUGGUGAUGAAGAUCAAGCUCAAGAGAGAAUAAACAAGUUGGCUAAAAUACUUAAGGAGCGAGAAAUUGGAUCCAGUCUACGGUCUGCAGGUGUAGCUGUAAUUAGCUGCAUCAUACAGAGAGAUGAAGGACGAGCCCCUAUGAGGCACUCAUUCCACUGGUCGGCAGAAAAGCUGCAUUAUGAAGAAGAGCCAUUAUUGCGUCACCUGGAACCUCCUCUAUCUAUUUACCUUGAAUUGGAUAAACUCAAAGGGUAUGAAAAUAUACGGUAUACGCCUUCUCGGGAUCGUCAAUGGCACCUGUACACUGUUCAAGACAAGCCAGGAGUGAUCCAAAGGAUGUUUCUGAGGACACUUGUUAGGCAGCCAGUCUCUAGUGAAGGCUUAGUAUCAUAUCCUGGGUUGGAUGUAGAAGCCCGCAAACCUCUCUCUUUUACUUCAAGGAGCAUCUUGAGGUCCUUGAUGACUGCAAUGGAGGAGCUGGAACUCAAUUCACACAAUAGUUCUAUCAAACCCGACCAUGCUCAUAUGUACCUUUACAUCUUAAGAGAACAACAUAUAGGCGAUCUUGUACCCUACCAUAAGAGCGUAAUCUUAGAUACUGGGGAAGAAGAGCCUGAUGUGGAGACCAUAUUAUCAGAUCUUGUUCGUGAAAUCCAGUCAUUUGUUGGUGUAAGAAUGCAUAAAUUAGGCGUUUGUGAAUGGGAAGUGAAACUUUGGCUAGCUUCUUCUGGACAGGCAAAUGGUGCUUGGAGGGUAGUGGUAACAAAUGUGACCGGUCAUACCUGCACUGUACAUAUAUAUCGUGAAGUCGAGGAUACAAAUGGACACAGAGUACUCUACCAUUCAGUCUCGAAACAGGCUCCUCUUCAUGGUGUGCCUGUGAGUGCACAACACCAGCCAUUGGGAGUUCUUGACUUGAAACGUCUUUCUGCCAGAAGAAGUAACACCACUUACUGCUAUGACUUUCCAUUGGCAUUUGAGACAGCAUUGGAAAAGUCAUGGGAAUCUCAAUUCCCCAAUAUUGAUAAACCCAAGGAUAAAGUUCUUAUCAACAUUACUGAACUCAAAUUUUCUGACCAGAAAGGCACCUGGGGCACUCCCCUUGUCCCUGUGCAGCGGCAACCUGGGCUUAAUGAUAUUGGUAUGAUAGCUUGGUUAAUGGAAAUGUCAACGCCAGAGUUCCCCUCUGGAAGAAGAAUAUUGGUUGUAGCAAACGACGUAACCUUCAAAGCUGGGUCUUUUGGUCCUAGAGAGGAUGCAUUCUUUCUUGCUGUCACUGAUUUGGCUUGUGCUAGGAAACUGCCUUUGAUUUACCUGGCAGCAAACUCUGGUGCCCGAAUUGGGGUUGCUGAUGAAGUCAAAUCCUGCUUUAGAGUAGGUUGGUCUGAUGAAUCUAGUCCUGAGCGUGGUUUCCAGUACGUAUACUUGACCCCUGAAGAUUAUGUUCGUAUUAAAUCCUCUGUCAUUGCACAUGAAGUACAGAUUCCUAGUGGAGAAGUCAGAUGGGUUAUUGAUACCAUUGUCGGGAAGGAGGAUGGCUUGGGUGUAGAAAACCUAACAGGCAGUGGAGCUAUUGCUGGUGCAUAUUCAAGGGCAUAUAAUGAAACCUUUACCUUAACAUAUGUGACUGGAAGGACUGUUGGGAUUGGUGCUUAUCUUGCUCGCCUUGGCAUGCGGUGUAUACAAAGGCUUGAUCAGCCUAUAAUUCUUACCGGUUUCUCUACACUAAACAAACUUCUCGGUCGUGAAGUUUAUAGUUCUCACAUGCAACUUGGUGGACCCAAAAUCAUGGCAACCAAUGGGGUUGUUCAUCUAACAGUUUCAGAUGAUCUUGAAGGGAUAUCUGCUAUUUUGAAGUGGCUUAGCUAUAUACCAUCUCACAUGGGCGGUGAUCUUCCAAUUUCAAGACCUUUGGAUCCUCCAGAGAGGCAUGUUGAGUACUCUCCAGAAAACUCAUGUGAUCCUCGUGCAGCAAUUUGUGGUGCUUUGGAUAGUAGUGGAAAAUGGAUGGGCGGAAUUUUUGACAAGGAUAGCUUCAUUGAAACACUGGAAGGUUGGGCAAGGACGGUUGUCACUGGAAGGGCAAAACUUGGAGGCAUUCCUGUUGGAAUUAUUGCUGUAGAAACGCAGACGGUGAUGCAAGUCAUCCCUGCCGAUCCGGGUCAGCUGGAUUCCCAUGAGAGGGUUGUUCCUCAGGCUGGUCAAGUAUGGUUUCCCGAUUCUGCGUCAAAGACAGCCCAGGCGUUGUUGGAUUUUAAUAGAGAAGAGCUGCCGCUUUUCAUUCUUGCCAACUGGAGGGGCUUUUCUGGAGGCCAGAGGGACCUUUUUGAGGGAAUUCUGCAGGCCGGCUCAACUAUUGUGGAGAAUCUGAGAACAUAUAAACAGCCUGUUUUUGUAUACAUUCCAAUGAUGGGUGAACUCCGUGGAGGGGCAUGGGUUGUCGUGGAUAGUCGUAUUAAUUCACAACAUAUCGAAAUGUAUGCUGAAACAACAGCAAGAGGUAAUGUACUCGAGCCUGAAGGAAUGAUUGAGAUUAAAUUUAGGACAAAGGAAUUGCUUGAAUGCAUGGGUAGACUUGAUCAACAGCUGAUCAGCCUGAAGGCAAAACUUCAAGAAGCAAAAGGAAAUGGAAUCCACAAUCUCAUUGAAUCUCUACAGCAGCAGGUAAAAGCUCGUGAAAAGGAGCUUUUGCCUGUUUACAUUCAGAUAGCCACCCGAUUCGCAGAACUACAUGACACUUCUUUGCGAAUGGCUGCGAAAGGAGUCAUUAAAGAAGUUAUUAACUGGAGUGAUUCCAGAUCUUUCUUUUACAAGAGAUUGCGACGUAGGAUCUCAGAAGAAUCGUUGAUCAAGACAGUAAGAGAAGCUGCUGGAGAGCAGCUUUCACAUGAAGCCGCACUGGACCUGAUUAAGAACUGGUUUUCAAAUUCUGGCAGCAGAGAAGAUGCAUGGCUGGAUGAUGCCACUUUCUUUAGAUGGAAAGAUGAUCCCAGGAAUUAUGAGGAGAAGCUGAAGGAAUUGCGAGUCCAGAAGUUAUUACUUCAGUUAACCAAUUUGGGUAGUUCGCAUUCGGAUUUACAAGCUUUACCUCAAGGUCUUGCUGCCCUUCUAAGCAAGGUGGAGCAAUCCAGCAGAGUGCAAUUGAUCGAUGAGCUUCGUAAGGUGCUCGAAAAAUCGUAUAGGUAGAUAGUCGAUUGUGGCCUUAUGAUGUGAUUCAGAUUUUCAAUAUGAUUAACUUGGAUAAUUUCUUAUGAUUGAUUAUCUGAGAUAUUCUGGAAUCAAUAGUAACUUGGUUGCAUAAUAUACACAAGUCACCAAUUAUUUGGUUGGACAAAUGAAGCUGCUCUCUGACAUGUCAGAGGUUAGUCUUAGGAACAUUGUAUUACCUUGAGAGAAUAAGAUUUUGCUCAUGCUUCGAGUUUGUAUGAAAGUAGUUUGUAGGAAAUAAAAUUUGUAUGUACAUUAAGACAACUGUUUUCAGUAGGCUCUAGUCUGCUCUGCCUUAUCGUACCAAAAUGUAGUUUUGUGAGAUUUUACCUAUGGAAGUCCAAGGUUAUUAUGCUUAA